UCAAAUUCAACGGCACGAUGGCCAGCACUCCGACGGUCGACGCCAGAAGCGGCUUCUGCAGUUCCAAUUCGGUAUUCUACAGCAAGCGCAGGCCCAUACCACUCCCGCCCAACGACUCCCUCGACAUCACAACCUUCAUUUCCUCUCAGGCCCACCGUGGCAACGUGGCCUUCAUCGACGGCUCCACCGGCCAACAACUCACCUACGUUCAAUUAUGGGAUGCCGUCCGUUCAGUUGCCUCUUCGCUCUCCGACAUGGGCAUCCGAAAGGGCCACGUCGUCCUCCUCCUGUCCCCGAACUCCAUCUUCUUCCCGGUCGUCUGCCUGGCCGUGAUGUCGCUGGGCGCGAUCAUAACAACCACAAACCCCCUCAACACUUCUCGAGAAAUCGCCAAGCAAAUCGCCGAUUCCAAACCGGUGCUCGCCUUCACCACUCGCCAGCUCAUCCCCAAACUCGCCGGUCCAAAUCCUCUCCCCAUCGUCCUCAUCGAUGACGAAAUUGAAGCGCCUAUUGAUAAUAAAAGUAUUGUGAAUACCUUGGGAAAGAUGAUGUCGAAUAAAAAACAUGAUGGGUUGAAAUCGAGGGAAGCGAUCACCCAGGACAACACGGCGACGCUGCUUUACUCGUCGGGAACGACGGGGGCGAGUAAAGGCGUGGUGUCGUCUCACAGGAAUCUGAUAGCGAUGGUCCAGACCGUUAUCGGCCGGUUCUAUUCGGACGAUAACCACCACCAAACGUUCCUCUGCACGGUUCCCAUGUUCCACAUCUAUGGUUUGGUGGCGUUCGCGACGGGCCUACUUGCCUCCGGAUCGACGAUUGUCGUACUUCCUAAGUUCGAGAUGCAUGACAUGCUUUUGUCCAUCCAGAUGAACCGCGUCAGCUAUCUGCCGCUGGUGCCUCCCAUACUGGUGGCGCUGAUUAACGCCGCCGACCAGCUGAAGGCCAAGUACGAUCUGAGUUCGUUGAGGUGGGUGCUAUCGGGUGGGGCCCCGCUGAGCAAGGAAGUGAUCGAGGGGUUCUUGGAGAAGUAUCCGAUGGUGACGAUUCUUCAGGGUUACGGAUUGACGGAAUCGACAGGAAUCGGAGCGUCAACGGAUUCGCUGGAGGAGAGUCGCAAGUACGGUACGGCGGGGAUGUUGUCGGCGAGCAUGGAAGCUAUGAUUGUGGAUCCGGACAGCGGUCAUCCACUAGCGGCGAAUAAGACGGGAGAGCUCUGGCUCAAAGGUCCCACGAUCAUGAAAGGAUAUUUUAGUAACGCAGAAGCGACUGCAUCGACACUUGAUUCAAAAGGGUGGUUGAGAACCGGAGACUUGUGCUACAUCGAUGAGGACGGAUUUAUUUUUGUAGUAGAUAGGUUGAAGGAGCUCAUUAAAUAUAAAGGAUAUCAGGUGCCCCCUGCGGAACUGGAGGCUUUGCUUCUCACGCACCCUGAAAUUGCUGACGCUGCUGUUAUACCAUUUCCAGAUGAAAAGGUUGGACAGUAUCCACUGGCAUAUGUGGUAAGAAAUGCCGGAAGCAGUUUAACGGAGAGCGGAGUGAUGGAGUUUGUGGCCAAGCAGGUGGCUCCGUACAAGAGAAUUAGGAGGGUGGCAUUUAUAGAUUCUGUGCCUAAGAAUCCAUCUGGCAAGAUUCUCAGGAAGGAUCUCAUUCAGCUUGCAGCUUCUUCUUCUUCGUCUAAACUAUGAGCACUUGUAGUACUAGUGCUACAUUUAUUAAUAACUUGAGAUUGAAAUAGUGGUUGUACUUAUAACAAUAUUAGUUCAGUCAAAUUCUCGGCCUAGUUAGUAAGUUCGAGAGGUUACGUACUGAAAGACAAUUGGAAUUCCACUAUAAAAUCAAUGGCAAAGUAGCCAUACUUCUUAUAAACACAUGCAAUGUUCCUCAA